GCUAAAAAAUUUCCCAUUCUUACCCACGACCUCAUAGUGCCAAACAUUCCCUCCAUUUUUGCAAAACCCCGAAAAACCCUAGGAGCCCAGUUAACCGCAAUCAACAUUGAUCAAUGACUCCAGAUGAGGCUCUUGACAUUGGAGAUCUAGCUAGACGGUGUGUUUCCAAGCCUUAGUGUGAGAUCUUGAGUAUUAAAAACUGGAGAUCAUUUUUGAAUCUCCAUUUUGUGACUCUCAUAACAGAGAAUAACCACUGAAACUCCAUUAUUCUCUUACAAAUUCCACCAACGAGCGACAAAUCAGGAUUCUAUUUCAGUUGAAAAGGAGGUUAGCAUCAGCAAGAGCAUUUUAGCUUGUCCUGUUUGUUAUCAACCAUUCACAUGGAAUGGUAAUCUAGGUUUAUCAGUAGAAUCUAUGUGAGGGUCUAGUUUCCACUAUAGUUCUUGUAAGAAGGCAUGCUUUGGUAAUGAAACACAUCUUGACCUGACAGUAGCCAGUGGAGCCAAGGAGUAUGAUGAAUCCAUGCCAGCUGCAACAGAGAUAUUUAGGUGCAUGACCUUUUGACCCUGUACAAUGAAAUUGAUGUCCCUCCAAAGUGUUUGUUAUUUAAAAUUCCUUCAAUUUGGCAAGGAAUAGAGGCCUCAAGGUUGCUGGAAUCUAAGGGCAUACAGACACAUUUGACUUUUGUUUACAGAAUGGAUCCAGAGAAAGGAAAAAAAACCAUAAAAAGGAAGUACAGAGGAAUGACACGAAAGUCCAUGAUUACCAAGAACAGAAGCAAAGGGAUCAAGUUGCAGGUUAAGUACAAUCUUGAUGGCAUUUUCAUAGGAGAAUCAACAGUUCAUCUAACAAGCUAUUUAGGCGUAUUAGCACGCACUAUGGUGCCAAUAAGAUAUCAAACGUGGCACGUUGUACCUAAACAGUUGAAGCAUAAGUUAUGGGAUAGCAUUGAGGAAUAUCGAGAAGUUCAAAAAGAAAGAAGAAAGAAACACAUUUAUAAUCACCAUCUAAGUGGGAAAGGAUAUGCUGGUCUUGAGGAAGAGAUGGUUAGAAAAUGUGACUUGGCUGUGGAGACCAAGGAAAACAUAGUGGUCGGUGGCACAAUUAUACUUGAAUGUAACUAUCUAGUAGUUGUUGAUGCUUCUUAUGAUUCAAGUGCACCCCUUCCCAUUCCUAUUCUUGGACAAACUACUACUGUUGGGGCUGCAAUUGGUUACCAAGUUUUGUGGCCAACUCAUUUAGUCAUCAUUCAUACUCAUAUCUCGACAUCCAAGAAAGGAAAGAAACAAAAAGAAAAUGAAGUUGAAGUCAAAUCUAAUGGUGAGAAAGCACAAGAUAUCAAGAAUUUUGAGGCAUUGGUUGGCCUCAUGCUGAGUACCUCAAGAGUACAUCCUGUUGACUUCCCAGAUGAUGUGUUUGGUGAGAGUUUCAAGACCUUCCUAAUGAAAGAAGAUAUGGACAUGAUUAUAUCAUCAAAAGAAGUGUCAUCCAAUUGUAUGUUAUACUACAUCUGGCACCUGCAUAGAAAGUUGAUUGAUGGAAAGCAGGUUGAACAAUAUGUUUUUGUCAAUCCAGCAUUGGUUUCAAAAGCUGGAAUGGGAGAGGAGUAAAGAAAACAUGUCAAGGGUCAUUGCGGAUCGACUAAGGAAUGCAACACAUGCUGAAUAUAUGCUUAUUCCAUACAAUCCAGAUUUCCACUGGGUCUCAGUGGCACUAGAGAUGAAGAGAAUGAUUGCAUAUUACCUUGAUCCAAUGGCUUGUCAACCAUGUGAUGAUCUUAGGGAGAUAGUUAACAUGGCAAUUAGAAUCAACCCACCAGAAAAACAGAAAACAUCAAAGAGAGAGCCGACUUGGGUGAAAGUGGUUGUAAGUACUUAUUCCUUUAGAUUAAAAUAUAUUGUUUGACCACUUAAUUCACUACACAAAAUUAGGAAAUGGGCGAUGAUUAAUAUGAUGAUCAAUUAGAUACUAAAGAAGUAAGAACACCAUGCUAUGUUUGUUGUAAUUGUUGAUACUUUUGCCAUAGUGUCCAAGACAACCAGGUAGUGUGGAAUGUGGGCAUUACGUGAUGAGAUUCAUGAAAGAAAUCAUUGCUAAUCCAAACCAACUAACAUCAAAGGUUUGUAUGCAAUGCAAUUCAUAUGGUUGGUCAUUUUACUAUAGCACUUGAUUUUCCAAUCCAACUUAGUGAAGAUGUAUGUUAUUCCAUUUCAGUUUAAUGGGAGAAAAACAUAUAGUGAAAUGGAAAUUAAUGAAGUUCGCUCAGAUUGGGUUAUGUUAAUGACUCAAUUAAUCAUUACUCAUGCUUGAAGUUGGCAGUGUUUUCAAUAUGGAUCAUCCAAUGGUUGCUCUAUUUUGAUGGAUGUGUAAUUGGCAAAUUGAGAGGUGAAGCCUAGUAGACAUGGUUGUACUGAAAGACAUAGGUCAUUCUCUUAAGUACGUCACUACUACUCUUGCUUAUUCAGACCUAAACAUGUUCAAUGACAUGAAGGACUCCCUGCAAUAGUUGAAAAUUUUCAUAAAAGAAUAUCGAGGUUGAGCAUUUAGAACGUGACUUGUAACCAUCCUUAUGCAUUUUGAAGAAAGAUGAUGUAGAACUAGAUGCAGCAAAAGACUAUGAACAACUCAAAGUUGAAAAAGAAGUUGUAAAUUUUUUAGUUUUUUGAACAAUUUCAACUAAAUUUAAUGCUAAGAAAAUUCAUAUUUAAUUAUGUCUGUUUAUUAGUAAAUUUUAAUAGUGAAAGAGAAACACCACAAUUAGUACUUUUUCUCCUAA